AUGGCGGCCUCUCUCAUCGUAGAAUGCGAUGGCCUACCCUCACCAAGCAGUGUUGGAGACUGGACUCGUCGCCCGGAGGCGGCGGAUGUUACGCUCCAAAACCUGUGCUCGAGGGCGACCCUGCUGGGAAACAACAUCUCUGUGCGGCUAGUGGAGCUUCUCACGAAUGCCCGAAACCGCCCAGCGGGACUGAGCAAGCUUGCCCACUUAUUCCUCGAAAUCUGCCGGAUUCUGUGGUCCAUUGAGACCGGGCUGUCAGAAUACAGCAAGAGGAAGGAUGGCAGGACGGAUACCAGACCGGCCUCGCAACGUAGUGCCUCGCCGACAGGGCCUACGAGAGAGCUUCCCGAAGAUACGAAAGACGUGCUAGAAACCCGACUCCGCCACACGAUCCACGACUUUGAGAUUCUCGACAACAUGCUCCAGAAGAACAUCGAGGUGGAACAAAAGGGCACGGUGGCCCGUCUCCAAAGCCAGUGGCGAAAGAUCUUUGCCGACAGGGACGUUGAACGCAUGAGAACGAUGCUCGUGCGGUCAAGGGACUCUCUAAGGGCUAGUGUGAUUGUCCUGCAGUGGUCUCUCGGCAAGACCUCUGGGGAGCCCACGCCGGGCUUUGGGUACACUGGGCUGGUCGCCACGCUAGACAACAUAAAAAAGCGCCCUACCAUUGGGAGGCGUACUAGGACGGCAGAGCUCGAGAGACUGAUGAAUCAUGCGAAUCGAGAAUCAGACUCCUCUGCCAUGCAAGGUUUCGAAGACCCCCGGCCACCUCUGCGUCAGAUGGCCAAGCUCAGGAUAGAGCCUGCUAGGCCGACCCCGGACAUUCGCUCCGUGAGCGAUAGCGUAUCAACUGCCCCCAGCUCUCAGACAGUCACAGCCACGGGCGCCCAGCAACAAUCGGGCAGCCAAACAACCCCACGCUCAAGUAUUCACCCUCGCUGGACACGCAUCUCGGACCACUCGGCCGGAGAGGAUGCACCAGCCUCCACGCUUAAUGAGGCGGGUCCCUGGAUCGAAGAGAUGGAGAACUUCGACCUGGCGACCAUGGACGCCGAUACAGUUCUCAGGAUCAAAGCAGAUCCCGACCCCGAGAUGCACCUUGUUCGAGAGGCCGUCCUUCACCAUGAUACCGAAAGUUUACUGCUCCUCCUCCUCUUUGGAGCGGACCCCAAUCGACCCGAUACCGAUGGGGUCACGCCGAUUUACUCUGCUAUCCGCGUGGCAUACCCGGAAGGGGCCAAGAUCCUUCUCAAGUACGGAGCCGACCCGAAUCUCGCGGCCGGUCGCUUCAACGAGACACCUCUUGAUCUAGCAAUUUCACAACGAAAUGCGAGUCUCGUGCAGCUCCUCCUCAUAUACGGCGCCGACCCCAACCUGCUCUCCUCCAAGGGUAGCCUGCCCUUGGUCAAAGCAAUCAACGAGUCCGCGCCGAGGCGCAUCGCUGAGCUUCUCUUGGCGUACGAUGCUAACCCUGAUGUCAAGAAUGAUGAGGGGAAGACGGCGCUGUGCCAAGCUGUGCUGGCGGACCGACCCGACAUUGUCACGUCCCUCCUCGACCAUGGCGCGGAUCCCAACCUACCAGGGCCAGAACAUGUACUCUGGAUGGCGGUAUACAAGCCGGUCUGCCUCUGCAACCUUUUGGCACGUGGGGCCGAUUUCCUAUACGCGCCGGGGGUAAUGGAACUGGCAACAUCUAUCAAUAGCUCCGAGUCUGUGCGAAUCCUCCUGCAGGCGGGAGUUGAUCCCAACCCAUGGAGCGGAUCCCAAUGCAAAGGCACCAGGGGUUACACGCCGCUGACGACGGCAAUCCGCUCUGAUCUGCCAGACGCAGUAUCACUCCUCCUCUCGCACAAUGCGGACGUGAGUCAGAGAGGCAACAACGAGUGGCCCAUCUGCCUAUCGGUGCAGCACCCGCACAUCCUCAAGCUGCUCAUCCCGCAUAUCAAGGACAUCCACGCGUACCCGAGCGUGAUGGAGCAAGCCAUCAUCGCCAACGAACUGGAAAGUGUGGCCACGCUCCUAGACGCAGGCUUCUACAUCGAAGAAAAGAACAGCGGCGUGUUCUCGCCGCUGACGACGGCUAUCCGGGAGCACAGGGAAGACAUUGUCCGCUACCUGCUCGACCGCGGCGCCGAUCCCAACGCGUUUGGCGAACACCUGCCUCUCGUCAAGGCGCUGCGGCGGACGGACGGGUCCAACACGGGCACGGCGGUGGAGAACGGCGACGUGGAGAUGCUGAGGCUCGUGGCGAGCCAGGGCGUUGAUUUGAGCGUCGUCGGCGAGGGAGGCCGCACGGCGCUGGGCAUUGCCAAGGGGAUGGGCUGGGAGGAGGGGGCGCAAAUACUCGAGGAGAAUGCUUUGCCUUCGACGAGAACGAUUGUUGUCUCUUGA